GGACUUUCCACCCAGAAAGCCUCUGGUGAUAUUGGUCAAAUGCAAGUGAACGUCAGGGGCAUGCAAAAGACGUGGACAACUCAUGACCCCCAGCCAGUGGAGUUGCAUCAGAGCUCUUCCAUGGAAUUGGGAAUCCAAAAUCAUGACCUACCCCUUUAUCCGAUUUACUACUCUACCCAAAUUAGUUCAUCCUAGUUGAGCCCCUCAACGAGUUUUCCCAUUGGUAACUAAACACUAGCAAUCAAGCAAAUACAAUAAUAUUCGACAACUUGUUACCAUUUGCGAUGAGGUUGUGGUAUUCGUAAAAGAGGCGUCAGCCACACUUGUAGUAUUACAUUCAUGCACAUUUCUUCUUUUCUCAGGGUGAAGGUUCUCCUUUUUUCAGAGUGAAGGAUUGACUUGAACAAACUCUUGGCCAAGGCACUACGAGUAAGAGAGACGGUGUACUGUAUAAGCAACAUGAUGCAAGGAUAAGUCCACCAGGAGUACUAGGCAGUAUAGUGGAAGAGCAACUGUUGGAACAGAUAAUCCUUACAAGGAUGGUACACACGUGCUUUUUCAAUGAGUCCGCCCUUUACGAAUUACUAAUUUAGGCUA